AUUGAACCCCAAUAACACCAAUUACAAAAGGGAACAAAAAUAAACAAAGAGACUAAAGAGGAAGAGGAAGAAAUAAUAAAAAAAAGAAUGACAUCAAAAUCCAUCCCCCGCCUCGUCCUCGACGGCAUGGGCAUCUUCUGCGCCUGCACCCUCGCCUGGGAGCACCUCUUCACCAUCCAGCUGAGCGAAGGCCCCUCGAUGUAUCCGACGUUCAGCCCGCGCGGCGACCACCUGCUCAUCUCGCGCGUGCACCAGCGCGGUCGCGACGUGCAGGUCGGCGACGUCGUGCGCUUCUACCACCCGACGUUUCUGGGCGUCCACGGCGCCAAACGCGUGCUGGGGAUGCCGGGGGAUUUUGUCUGUCGCGAUUUGCCGUUUAGUACGGGCGUUGGGGGGGAGGGGGAGAUGAUUCAGGUCCCGGAGGGUCAUGUCUACCUCGGUGGGGAUAAUCUUCCUUGGUCGAGGGAUUCGCGAAACUAUGGCCCUAUUCCCAUGGGAUUGAUCAAUGGGAAGAUCAUCGCGAGGGUGUGGCCUCCGUCCAAGAUGCAGUGGGUGCAGAAUACGAUGCAACCGGCUCAGGACGAUUGAUUUUGCUACUUUCUUUUCCUUUUGCUGUCGACUCGGUAAUCUACGGUGUACUAUCCAGAAGCGUGGAGUUGGGAGUUGUGGCUUUUUUUCUUUUUUGUGCAUAUUUAUACAUCCCAUUGUACAGUACAUGAUAAAUCUAAAAUGAUCCAAACU